AUGGCAGCCCAAUAUGAUUUCAUUGUGGUUGGAAGCGGUCCCGGGGGCUCCGUUGUGGCAUCCCGCCUCGCGAAGAGCAAACAGCGGCCAACCGUUCUGCUCCUCGAGGCAGGGGGCGAUUAUAACGAGCCAGAAAAUCGCCUGCUCGCGGAUCGCUACGCGACAUGGGUGACGCAUCCUCAGAUGGGCUGGGGAUACAAGACAACGCCGCAGGAAGCAUUGGAUAAUCGCCAAAUCGACUACUCCCGAGGCAAGGGCCUGGGAGGGUCGACCCUCAUCAACUUCUGUUGCUAUACUCGGGGACCGAAAGAGGACUAUGAUGAAUGGGCGCGGAAGGUGGAUGAUCCGUUCUUCAACUGGUCGGAGUCGCAACGACGGAUUAAGAAGUUUGAAAACUACGCGAAGAAUACGGCGUCCGCAGUAGAGAAGUAUGUCGACUUUGACGGUUACAGCCAUGGGAAUAAUGGUUCGAUGGAUACCAUGUUUGCUUCGGAGGCGGAGAAGAAUUAUGUUGGAAUCGUCGACGCUAUGAUUGAGAGCGGCGUUCAAGGGCUCAAGGGAAAUCUAGAUCUCAAUUCUGGUGAUCCACUCGGAGUGGGAUUCAUUCCGUCCACCGCAAAGCAAUCAUACCGGACCACUGCUGCUUCGUCGUUUUUGAAAGACACUCCUCCGAAUCUCACCAUCAAAACAAAUUCUCAGGUGAGCAAGAUCGUGUUGGAAGGCAAGAAAGUCACUGGUGUCGUAGUGAAUGGAGAAACAUUCUCUGCGACCAAGGAGGUGAUCCUCUCCGCCGGUGCACUGGAUACUCCAAAGAUCCUCAUGCUAUCGGGUAUCGGGCCUGCACCGCACCUGAAGGAACACGACAUCCCCGUCCUUCUCGACAUACCCGACGUGGGACAAAACUUGCAAGACCAUUACGGCACGUCUGUGGUCUGGGAAAUGAAGCCCGGCUGGGACGACCGCCCCGCGCUCGAAGAUCCAUCACAAAUGGCCCGGGCCAAGGAGGAAUUUCUCCGCAACGGCACCGGACCCCUUACGACCUUCAACAACUCCUGCAUCAUGGCCUGGAUCCACGAUCCCGCCACGGUCGCGACGCCCGAGGCAAAAUUCCUGCCGGCAGAGGUCCAGAAAUACAUCUCGCAGCCCGCAGUGCCGACGAUGGAGGUCAUCGCCGCUGUGCCGGCGUUCCCCCCGGAAGGGGGGAAGAGCUACUUAAGUCUCACGCCGGUCGGGAUGACGGCGCAAUCCACCGGGAGCGUCACGCUGGCGAGCAGGAACGCCGCGGAUGCGCCGCUCUGCGACCCGCAGCUGCUUACCAAUCCCUACGACAAGCAGAACGCGAUUCGCGGGAUCCGAUAUGCUCUCGAGAUCGUCAAGAAUUCGUCGCUGCAGAAGGAUAUGGUAAAGCCGUAUCUCGUUCCGGCGGAUGAGUCGGAUGAAGCGAUCUGGGAGUUCAUCAAGGGGAACGUCUCCUCCACUUGGCAUAUGAGCUGCACGGUACGGAUGGGAAAGGGGGAGGAUGAGCGGGCAUGCGUGGAUACGAAAUUCAGAUUGAAGGGCAUUGAAAGACUGCGAGUCAUCGAUUUGAGCGUUCUUCCGUUUGUACCGAAUGCCCACACCGUGAGCUGGGCAUAUCUGGUUGGGGAGACGGGGGCGGAGAGGCUAAUUAGCGAGUACGGGCUGGAUGGUUGA